AGGCUGAGUAUUGAACACUAAGUAAUGGCUAUGCAGAUGCAGCUUGAAGCAAAUGCAGAUACUUCAGUGGAAGAAGAGAGCUUUGGCCCACAACCUAUUUCUCGAUUAGAGCAAUGUGGCAUACAUGCCAAUGAUGUGAAGAAAUUGGAAGAAGCUGGAUUCCAUACUGUGGAGGCUGUUGCCUAUGCACCAAAGAAGGAGCUAAUAAAUAUUAAGGGGAUUAGUGAAGCCAAAGCUGAUAAAAUUCUGACUGAGGCAGCUAAAUUAGUUCCAAUGGGUUUCACCACUGCAACUGAGUUCCACCAAAGGCGGUCUGAGAUCAUACAGAUUACUACCGGCUCCAAAGAGCUUGACAAACUACUUCAAGGAGGAAUUGAGACUGGAUCCAUCACAGAGAUGUUUGGAGAAUUCCGAACUGGGAAGACCCAGAUCUGUCAUACGUUGGCUGUAACAUGCCAGCUUCCCAUUGACCGAGGUGGAGGUGAAGGAAAGGCCAUGUACAUUGACACCGAGGGUACCUUUAGGCCAGAACGGCUGCUAGCAGUGGCUGAGAGAUAUGGCCUCUCUGGCAGUGAUGUCCUGGAUAAUGUAGCAUAUGCUCGAGGGUUCAACACAGACCACCAGACCCAGCUCCUUUAUCAAGCGUCAGCCAUGAUGGUAGAGUCCAGGUAUGCACUGCUAAUUGUAGACAGUGCCACCGCCCUCUACAGAACAGACUAUUCGGGUCGAGGUGAGCUUUCUGCCAGGCAGAUGCACUUGGCCAGGUUUCUGCGGAUGCUUCUGCGACUUGCUGAUGAGUUUGGUGUAGCAGUGGUAAUCACCAACCAGGUGGUAGCCCAAGUGGAUGGAGCAGCCAUGUUUGCUGCAGAUCCUAAAAAACCUAUUGGAGGAAAUAUCAUUGCUCAUGCCUCAACAACAAGACUGUACCUGAGAAAAGGAAGAGGGGAAACCAGAAUCAGCAAAAUCUAUGACUCUCCUUGUCUUCCUGAAGCUGAAGCUAUGUUUGCCAUCAAUGCGGAUGGAGUAGGAGAUGCCAAGGACUGAAUCGUUGGUUUUUUUCCUGUGAUAAACCUUAAGUGCUGCAGCCUAAUGGAGAGGACUCUGCUCCCUGAGGUUCUUCACAGGCCUCUUCCUGUUGUGACUGCCAGGAAAAGGCUUCCAGGAAAACAGCUAUUAUAUCGGCUUUUCUUAUGGUGUAAACACGAGACAGGU